GCCGGCGGCGCCAUGAGCCAGCAGCAGCAGCAGCAGUGGGCGCCGCAGCCCCUGUACUUCCCGUCGCUCUACGACCGCGCCGCGCCCAGCGCCGCCCCGCUGGCGGACUGCGGCCUCUGGCGGAAGCUCUUCGUGCCCCUGCGGGGGGGCACGGCCGGGCCCCAGCGGCCCCCUCCCGGCCUGGGCCCCGCUCCUGCCACCGCCGCCCGCAGCUGCCCGCGCCCCUGGCCGGCCGGGCUGGCGCCCAUCCCCUACGAGCCGCUGCGCUUCUUCUGCCCCGCGGCCGCCAGCGGCACCGCCCCGCGGGGCCCCGGGCAGCAGCAGCCGGACGGGGAGAUCUGCGAGCUGGGCAUCCGCCUCAAGGAGCUGGAGCUGCUGGCGCUGACCGGGGACGGCUCCGACCCGCAGCAGUAUAAGCUUUUGAAGGCACUAAAAGAUGAAAAAGUUCAAGGCAUAAAGACAAGACAGAAUCUGAAAAAACAGACACCUACAUCAUUAUAAGGAUUAUUUCAGUUAGCUGUUCUAUCAUUAUGUUACCGUACAGCAUUGUAAUGGACUCUGUGUGAUAUAUUAUUUUACUGAUUAUAUGCUAUUCAGUUAUACUGCCAAGUUAGAAAUGUACAGUAUAUAUUCUCUACUUGGCUUUUUGUACUUUAUUUGUCCAACUCUGAAUAUUUCAAAUACACAAAAUAAUCGUUUUUGGGUAUCAAUCUUUAUACAAUAACUUGAAUAUUAAUGUGUUUGGUUUACCAUAAUAGCAGUGAGAAAAAGAGAAAGUGACAUCUUAUCUUGCUUAUGUUUCAGGAUGAGAGCUGAUGUUGAUCACCUGGUUACAGCUUUACAAAAUUGACGAGGUAUAUUACUGAAGACAAAGGGCAUGGAUAUUGCCUUCCUCAGAAAUAUCAGGAAUUUAACACUACUAGAGGCAGGAUACUAGUUCAGUGACUAAAAUCCUAUGUUCUUAUGACAGAGAAAGCACAAUAACUCUAAGAUACCAUGCAGUUCCCCAAAAUACACUAAAAUACAUACUAAGAACAAGAAUACUUUUCCCUAGUCGCUCUCUGAUGUACAAUAUUAUGCAAUACCUGAGCUUAUCACCUCCUUCCAUCCUAGCCUGUCUUGCUCCCCAGCAUGACCCAUUUCCACUAACUGGUUUAUGGGCCUAGGAACAACAGACAGCAAUGUAAGGAUUUUAGGGUGCAGGUAGAUGGGGAUUCCCAUUAGAAGGAAGACAGCACCCGUUUUCCAGAGUGAUCACCCUAAAGCCUAGGAAUGUGGUCAAUUCCUAGAUGGCUUACAAUAGCAGGUUUUUCUUGUCCUGAAAAGCCAGUCCUCUUGGAUCGAAUAUCUGACAGGUUUUUUUAUAUUGAUUUCAGUCUUGCAUUCCAUCUGCACUCAAAAUAUAUCUUUCAUAUAGUGUGGAGCAUAAUGUUAUCCAUAAGGGGAGAAAGAAGAAAAUAAAUCUAUGACUACUUUGUUCUAGCUCAGGGGUUCUCAAACGGGGGGUUGUGAUCCCUCAGGGGGUCACGAGGUUAUUACAUGGAGGGGGGGUCUCAAGUGGUCAGCCUUCAGCCCAAACCUUGCUUUGCCUCCAGCAUUUAUAAUAGCAUUAAAUAUAUAAAAAAGUUUUUAAUUUUUAAGGGGAGAGGGGUCGCAUUCAGAAACUUGCUAUGUGAAAGGGGUCACCAGUACAAAAGUUUAAGAGCUACUGUUCUAGCUGCUUUGAAUCAUUAGAUUUGUAGUAGUAGAGCACAGAACAGAUAUAUCUAUUGUUUAUAGAUUACAUGUCCAAAAAUCAUUUUAAAACAACAAGAUUAGUGAAUGGGACAAUGGAAAAGAGGAUAUUGGUGAACUAAAAAUAUUACCCUGACUGCAGUUUAGAUGACGAUUCAUGGGUGCCUGGCUACUCAAGCUGCUAUGGCCUCAGAAAAAUAAAUGAGUUUUAUCAAAAGGAAUAACGGGAUUUCCUAUAGGCAUUGUUGACCAUGCAGCUGCACCACAGACCGCAGGCAUUAUGACUUGAAGUAUAUUUUUGUUUUGGUAAAAACAAUCUCAGGAGCUGCCCUUUAUCCAAGCAGUACAAGUCCUUCGUUUAAGAAUACACUUCUCUCUGACCCUUUCAUCAUGCAACAUACAUGACUGACUACAAUGGUGGGAGACUUAAGAAAAAGCUCAUCGUAGAUAAGGCCACUUUGAUAAUUAUAUUGCAGCAGCAGAAGGAUGGAUUGUAAUUAAAGCAUAGGACCGAGUCAGAAGACGUGAAUGUUAUUCCUAACUCUGCCACAGACUUACUGUUUGAUCUUGGUCAAGUCACAGCAACAUUUUCAAAAGUGGAUCUCUAAUGUUGAGUGCCUUCUUUUUUGGGUGCCCAACUUCAGUCUCUUAAUAUCUGCACACCUGCAGUUGCAUUAGUAGUCAAUGGGAGUUAUGGCUGCUAAGCAUCUGAAAGGCAGGCCAUAGUUGUCUAAAGCUGGGCACUCAAAAUUAGAGGCCAUUAACUGAAGAUUUUGGCCAUGAUCUCUGCUUGUGUCAUCUGUAAAAUGGGGACAAUAUCUACCUCAGGUAACUGCAAGGCUCAGUUAAUUAAAUGUCAGUAGAACAUAGAGCGUCUCACAUAAAAGAGUCUAUAUAACUACAAAGUAUUACAGGGAUUUUUUUCUUAAUAAAUUAUUUGAUGAAGUUCAUGUUUUAUGACUUUGUGUGUUUGAUUGGGGCUUUUUGUAU